AGCAGCAGCAGCAGCAGCAGCAGCAGCAGCAGCAGCAGCAGCAGCAGCAGCAGCAGCAGCAGCAGCAGCAGCAGCAGCAGCGUCUCACUGGGUCUGCGGCGAAGACGACGAAGUUGAGGGCCAAGAGGAGCGGCAUGAAGCCGAAGAUGCAGACUUGGUCGAAGUGGAGGAAGUGCAGCAGCAGCAGCAGCAGCAGCGAGGCGAGGAGCGGCAGCAGCAGCAGGUGCUGCAGCAGGAAGCGAGCAGCAAAGCCCCUGGGCCCCGCAGCAGCAGCGCCGGCCUGCUGCUGCUGCUGCUGCUGCGCCUGCUGCAGCAGCAGCCCCGCAGCAUAGAGCACGAGGGGCGCAGCAACAAGCCAAACGACUGCGCUGCUGCUGCUGCAGUAGAAUGCAUGCAGCAGCAGCCUGCGGAGGUCGAGCUGCUGCCAGGCUGCAGCAAGCCAGUCCGCUGCUGCUGCUGCUGCUGCGGACGACGACGAGCUGCUGCUGCUGCGGACGAGGGCCACGGGGGCAAAGGCAGCAGCAGGAGACACGCAGACCUCAGCAGCAGCAACGGCGCUGCGGCGCAGCAGCAGCGGCAGCAGCCGGAAGCCACAAAAGCUCAGCAGCGGCGACAGCAGCAGCAGCAGCGCGGGGGCCCCCAGGAGGGCCCUGGGGGCCCCCAGGGGGCCCCCCUGCAGCAGCAGCGCCGCCUCUUCGCCGGCGCAGCGCAGCAAAGCAGCAGCAGCAGCAGCAAACAAACUCAAGUAGCCAGGGCCUCCAGAGUCGCCCCGAACUACUUGGAGACAAACCACCAAAACAAAAACUGGAAAACAAACAAACAACAUGUUCGAAAACUCCGGACUUGCUCGCGGCACGCGAAACCUUUUUGCAAAUUGCAAACUUCAGAUUUGAAAAAAAGAUUAUUUGCAGUUUAUUUGCUGUUAAAAGAAAGCCAAAUGACGCAACUUCAGCCGUGGGGCGGUGACCCGAUGUCUUGCUGUGCAGUCCCUCACAUUCAAAGAUUAGCUAAGCAGCAGCAGCAGCAGCAGCAGCAGCAGCAGCAGCAGCAGCAGCAGCAGCAACAGGAGCAGCAGCAGCAGCAGCAGCAGCAAGUGUACCAAGACACGCUGCAUGCAUCGGGGCUGCUUAGCGGCUCCUUCUGCUUUCUGCAGCAGCAGCAGCAGCAAAAACUUGGAAAGUUUUCGGAAAAACUGAAGCAAAGAAGGAGUUGA